UCACGCACUGGUAACGCCGCCAACAAUCUAGAGCUUAAAGUACUUACCCACAUACAAUACGUGCCGUGAAAUUGCUAGUUCCGUGUUAAACCAAACGGAAGGAUUAUACUUUUAUUUUCCAAAAAAGACUUAAAAUUUCUCACAAAAUGGUCUAUACAAAUCGCACAGAAAAGUGCUUGACUUCUCAGGAACCCAGCAAUACUAAGAGCACUACAUCGGGCUCAAAAACCACUUUUGCCAACAGCUCAAGCUCUAAUUCAUCUAGCUCGGCAAAUAAUGCUUGGUCCAAAAAUGCCUCGGACAAUGAUAAGUGGAAGUAUAAUAAUAUGGUGCGCAAUGAACGUGAUAAAUUCAAUAGCAUGCAUUUCUGUUGAAAAGUAGUUUUAAGUUUUAAAAUAUCUUCACCUCACUUUGUUAAUCCAUUGGUCAAAUCCCACCCCUUGUAUAUACAUAUGUAAGUUAGUCAGGUCCCUUAGUUAUAAUGUAGUUUCAUAAUUUUUAGUUUGAAAACAGAAUCUCCCAAAUUAUAAAAAAACAAAAUCUUUUAAAUCUUAUGUUUUAUUCUUGCAUUUAAUAAACUUUGUUGUAAUUAAAAAA